AUCGCCACACCUUUUUUGUAGCCUUCCUGCCCCCUGCGACAUUAUAAAAACCACUCACCUGCCUGCAGACUUUGUCACUCGAGGUACGACCCACUGAAGUUCAGACCGCUGGUACAACCCACAGAAGUCCGCCACGAUGAAAGUCAAGGAUAUGUCAAUCAAGCUGGGUAAUGAGUUGAAGAUCCGCGUCAAACCUAGUGAGAACUGCGAGAGUUUUGCCAUCAACAUCGGUCACGAUCCUGAGAACAUCGCAAUGCACUUCAACCCCCGCUUUAGCAGCAACAACAUCGUCUACAACUCUUUGUCCGGGGGAUGCUGGGGCGAUGAGAUGCACGACGGGAACUUCCCAUUCGCUCGUGGAGAGGAAUGCAAGUUUUACAUCAGCUUCAACAACGAGCAGUUUUACAUCAAACUUCCCGAUGGCACCAUGAUAAACUUCCCCAACCGCCUGGGAGAUGUCAAGUACAAGUACUUCGAUGUAAGCGGUGACGCAAGGAUCGUUGGCAUCAAGCUCAAGUAGAGGCUGACCUCUUCUUAAGCCGUGACCCUUCACCUGUCUACCUUUUGCUUGUUGCUAAAAGAGUCUCAUGUUUUACAUAACUGAGCCCAGG